AUGAGACUUCGUCCCACCGGAAAUCUGUUCCUUGGUGCGUUUCUCAAGGCGAAGUUAAGAGCUAAAAAUGAAGGUGGUGAUCAAUCAAACCGAAAGGCUGCAAUCGAAGCUCGAGCUUUGAUAAUCGGGCCUCUGGGGUUGAUUCAGUCUGGCUCGUAUAAUGAGCUAAUGGGGGCCGAUCGGGGGCAGCUAUUAACAUACUCUCUCACUGCCAUGCAAACUGCUGUUCUAGAGAGGUACAAGAAAAGAGAGCAGUGGAGCGCUCCAAACUCCAAAGAAAGCUGCCGCAUCGUAGUGUGUGAUGUUACUGGCCCUGAACCGAAUAAGCGUCAUGUUGUAGCGCAGCUACCAUUCUAUCUUCGACAUAUUAGAGGUCAGACAUACAUCCUAGAAUCACUAGGAUCAUUAUUUGUAGUUGUGCGAAAUGGUUGUCAACUAAGACUCCCCAUUGAUGAUUUUGAUAGGAUACCACUGACUUUCAUCCAACAAGUUGAGAAUGACGAAAACCUAAUCCAUGGGACACUAGAAUUUAUAGUUUACCGUGUCGAUUUAGCUGCUGGCCAAGGGACCCAAACCAGGGAGUUGGGAGACAGAGCUUUUUUUCUGGGUGCUAGUGCUUCUCUUUUGGUCCAAGCUUCUGAAUUUCCAGGAAUCAAGCCCAAUCAUAUUUAUUUUACUGACGAUUUUUUAGAAUCAUAUAUGUUCUAUGAAGAAGGAGGCGGCCUCGACAUGGGGGUGUUCAACUUAGCAGAUGGCAGUAUCCAGCCUCAUUAUGAGGGUGUUUCCCUUAGUCCCUUUUGUCCUCCAAUUUGGGUCACACCAACUCUGUCUUGAUCUUUAUUUACUCUAUUUGUCGUGCUAUAUGUUGCUUUUAUUUUUUGGCUGAUUAAGUUAUUUUUUUUGUUAUGCUAUAUGUUAUUGU